AUGGGUGUAAAGAAUACUCGGAAAACGCCCUAUAACCCAAAAUCCAAUGGCCUCGUUGAAAGAUUUAAUCGGACCCUCCUCAACACGGUUGCCUCUAUGAUGGAUUCAGAGUCGCAUCAGCGUGACUGGGAUAAAUAUAUCCCCUUUGCCACAGCAGCAUACCGGAGCAGUCCUCAAGAGUCCACUGGAGAAACUCCGAACAUGCUUAUGCUAGGAAGAGAAGUCACCUUACCAAUAGAUCUGGUAAUGCCACCCACCCCACUAGAUGAAGACGUAAAUACUGACUACGCCUUCAAACUCAGAGAUACACUACGGACAGUACAUGAAAAAGCAAGAAGAAAGGAUGCUGGAAGCCGACAACGCACUAUAUACAACAGGAGGGCAUCCGAUGCUGACUUCGACGUGGGGCAAUAUGUGUGGCUCAGAAAAAAAAAUAGGAAAAAAGGAGUAUCUCCAAAAUUGGAACCCCGAUGGCUUGGACCGUUUCUUAUCAUUUCGAAGCUCUCUGCUGUCACAUUCCGUCUUCAACAAACUCCUAGAUCUCUAUGGGCGACAGGCGAGGAACUCUGUUCCUUGAAUACUGGGAUAGCAUCCAGCGCCUUACCUGUGCUGCACUCAUUAGUGUGGAUGGUACAUGGUGGUUAA